AUGGCUGAUAGAUUUCGAGGAGUACCGGGCUUAUUCAUGCCUACAAACAGUAUAGUAAAAGACUCGAGCGGUUACAAUGACAAUAUCUUUGAAGGCAAGGCUGACCAAAUGCUUAAGGUGUGCGAAUACUUGGAAAAAAAAGGGUUCAUACCUCAAGAUCUCGUCCGUCACGAAGUUUCGUGGUUUUAUGGAAAUCUUGGUAUCGAUGACAUGUACUUCAGUUUGGAAAAUGUUGAAACCAUUGCCAACCAUAUUUUGGCCCUUUAUGGGGCAAAGAUUUUUUCGUACACAAAAAAUGACGAACGUGAGCUUGAUAUUAAUCUAGAAAGGGAAACCGAUGAUGGCGCAGUAUAUAUACACACAUCUCGUCCUGGCGUUUCUCAACUGCAGGGUCCUCAGCACGAAAAAAGAAUCGAUUCUCGAUAUUUAGAUGUUAGUAAUACUACCAAUGCUUAUCGUUUGGAAUCCUAUCGUUCUCAUGGAAAUGUUUCUCCUUCUGUGAACACGCAACUUCGUUGCUACUUUGUUGCCAAAUGUGAUUUUGUGAAACCAGUUCCCGCUCCCGAGGAAGAAACCGAUAUUCGUCUUGUGGGUGAUAGGACAUUUUUAGAAAAGGCUACGGAAAAUACUUUAGAGAUUUAUCAAAACGUUGUGAAAGCUGUUCUUUGUAGGACCGGCCCCGUUAUCGAAAUGUUUGAAGUGGAAGGGAGUCGUGAAAGGCGUCUUGUCAUUGGUUACCGACAACGCAGUACACAAUCAUUCUUCUCCGCAAUGUCGGACCUUUACCAUUUUUAUGAACUGUAUUCCACUAGGAAAUAUGUCGAACAAUUUUCGAAUGGUGUUACCGUGAUGAGCCUUUAUCUUAAUCCACUUCCAAAUUCAAAAUCCUCUCCAAUUGAGCAUUCGAUCCAUCAAGUAAUCAAGGAGGCUUCACUCAUUUAUUGUUUACCUACUACACCAUUCCAGCAAUUUUUCCAAACUGGAAAGUUGUCCGUUCAAGAGACAAUUUAUGGUUAUGUUGGUUGGAUCUUUGCUCAACAUUUCCUCAAUCGUUUGGGUAAUGAAUAUGUUAGUCUUGUAAAUAUUCUAGAUCAAAACGAUCCCGUUCAUGCGGAAGUCCUGAACAAAAUCAAAAAGAGAUUACGUUCAGAUGCUUUCACACGUGAAUACAUUUUGGAUAUUAUAAAAAUGUAUCCAGACUUGAUUCACUUAUUGUAUAUCAACUUUGCAUUGACUCAUUAUGUUAAUCCACGUGCUGCUGCUCUUGAACCUACGUUAUCAUUUCAACGAAUUCAAACUGAUGUUGUGCUUAAUGAUGAUGAACUUUUGGAUAAAAUCAAAAAAACAACAUCAAAUGUUCACGAAUUCAUUGUAUUUGAAUCCUUCUUGAUUUUCAACAAACAUGUUCUUAAGACCAAUUUCUAUCAACCAACCAAAGUAGCAUUGUCCUUCCGUCUUAAUCCCGCUUUCUUGCCAUCAAUUGAAUAUCCAACCAAACUUUAUGGUAUGUUCAUUGUUAUUGGCUCCGAAUUCCGAGGUUUCCAUUUGAGAUUUCGUGAUGUCGCUCGUGGUGGUAUUCGUAUCAUCCGUUCUAGAAACAAGGAAUCUUACAGUAUAAAUUUGAGAUCUCUAUUUGAUGAAAAUUAUGCAUUGGCUGCUACUCAACAAAGAAAGAAUAAGGAUAUUCCUGAAGGUGGUUCAAAGGGUACAAUUCUCUUGGACAUCUCACAACAAGACAAGGAUCGUGUUGCAUUUGAAAAGUAUGUUGACAGUAUGCUCGAUCUUUUAAUCACUGGAAAUUCUCCUGGUAUUAAAGAGAAGAUUGUUGACUUAUACAAUAAACCAGAAAUUUUAUUCUUUGGUCCAGAUGAAGGAACUGCAACUUUCGUUGAUUGGGCUAGUGCACAUGCUCGUACUAGAGGAGCUUCAUUCUGGAAAGCUUUCACAACUGGCAAAAGUCAAUCCAUGGGAGGUAUUCCUCACGAUCUUUAUGGCAUGACAACCCGUUCAGUACAUCAAUAUGUACUUGGAAUUUACAGAAAACUUGGUCUCAAAGAAUCAAAGAUUACGAAAUUUCAAACUGGUGGACCUGAUGGUGAUUUGGGUAGUAAUGAAAUUAAGAUUUCAAAAGAUCGUACAGUCGCCAUUGUUGAUGGUAGCGGUGUAAUAUGUGAUCCUGAAGGUAUAGAUAGAAGUGAAUUAAAACGAUUGGCCACUCAUCGUUUAACGAUAUCGAACUUCGAUGAUUCUAGAUUAUCUCCUAACGGAUUUAAGAUUUUAGUAGAACAACAAAACAUCAAGUUACCAAACGGCCAAGUUGUCGAGGACGGUUUAGUAUUCCGUAAUAAUUUCCAUACAACACAUCUUGUUUCUUCCGAUCUCUUUGUUCCAUGUGGCGGUAGACCAGAAGCUGUUGACCUUAACAAUGUACAUUUGCUUCUUGAUAAAAAUGGUAAAUCAAGAUUCAAGUUUAUCGUGGAAGGUGCAAAUCUUUUCUUCACUCAAGAAGCUCGUAUCAGGUUAGAACAAUCUGGUGCGAUAAUAUUCAAGGAUGCAUCGGCCAACAAAGGUGGUGUAACGUCAUCAUCAUUGGAAGUUUUAGCAGCUCUCGCAUUGACAGAUGAUGAAUUUGCAAAGAAUAUGCAAGUUAGGGACAAUGUCAUCCCAGCAUUCUAUAGUGAAUAUAUUAAAGAAGUUCACAGAGUCAUCGAAAAGAAUGCAGAAUUAGAAUUUGAAUGCAUUUGGAGGGAACAUCGAAGAACCAACAAGCCACGAUCGAUCAUUUCUGAUGAACUCAGUCUUGCCAUUGUAGAUCUAAAUGAAAAUAUGCAAACAUCAAGUCUAUGGUCAAAUGUUCCAUUAAGGAAGACAGUAUUAAGAGAUGCAUUCCCACAAUUACUUCUUGAUAGAUUAGGAUUAGAUACUUUAUUAGAAAGAGUUCCUGAACCAUAUGUGAAAGCCAUAUUUGGAUCUUAUUUGGCUAGUAGAUUUGUGUAUAAGUACGGAACAAACCCAUCACAGUUUGCUUUCUUUGAAUUUAUGAAUCCUUUCUUUGCGAAAAUCAGUGAUCAAUAUAACUGA